AUGAGCGACGGCGAUAUCCACGUAGUCGCAUACUUCCCUGAAGGCGUGAAGUACAUUCUGGAUUUUGGUUCGACUCAUUACAUCGGGUUCGUAGAUGAUACGACGGUCCUGAAGUAUCCGCAUUUUAAAGAAGAACUGGAUGGCCUCGCUGUUGAAUGGCAAAUAUACCAGAGACUUGGCAAGCACCCGCGUAUCACCGACCUUAAAGGAAGACACAAGGAUGGUGGUAUAUUUCUAGAAUAUGCACGGAAUGGAUCAUUACAGGGUUACUUAGAAAGCAAUGCACCACUUAACGUUGAAACAAAAUUAAGACUAGCUAAAGAGACUGCAGAUGGCGUUGCGCAUGCCCAUCGGCAAAAUGUUCUAAUCUGCGAUAUCGCUGUUCGUAAUAUCCUAGUGGAUAGCGAACUACACGUUAAGUUAUGCGACUUCCAGGGUAAGAUUAUUGGACCUGAUGGAACAGUUAUCCUUUCCGGAGGUGCCUCAGAAAACGCGGAUUCGUAUAAGCCACGCGAUAACCCAUACGACCAGAACGUUAGUACGGAUAUUUUCGCACUUGGUUCAACGAUAUAUUACAUCAUGACCGGUCAUCGGCCAUUCCCUAAGUUGGAUACCAUACAGGACGAAUUGAAGAUCAACGAGUCUUACAGACAGGGUCUGUUUCCUCGUUUGGAUAUAGCCGAAGAAAUUGUUCACAAAUGCUGGAGUGGCAAAUACACGUCUGCCAGUGAAGUCGUCAGCGACCUCGCUGUCCUCAGACGAUCAUAUGUGCAGAGCUCUGAGCUUGGCCAACAACUUCAGCAAGAUUGA